UCCUCAGCAGAUAAGGUGAUGAUGGAACCGCGCUGUGUCGUUUUCAGCUCCCUAUUCAAACCGCCAUAGAGCUGCAGAGCAGUGACUUCCUGAAUUCGACGGAGAAGAAUACCAUCCAUCCACGAGAAAUGGGUAAUUACUCAGAGGGCCACAUUUGCCAGUGCCUCAGCCGCCUUGCAAUCGCUCGACGUAAUGCUGUGGUCACAAUCUCCGGCGACCGGCAGAAGACCGGAGAGCAAUUUGUGGAGGAAGUGCUGUGUUUGGCUCGUGGGCUGCUCGAACUCGACCUCCGCGCCGGCGACAUUGUUGCCAUCUCUGCUUUCAACAGUGAUUUGUACUUGGAGUGGUUACUAGCCAUUGCAUUUGUUGGAGGAAUUGCUGCUCCUCUAAAUUACCGAUGGAGUGUAGAAGAGGCAAGAUUGGCAAUGCUGGUUGUGAAGCCGAUUAUGCUGGUCACUGAUGAGAGCUGUCAGCGCUGGUAUUCAAAACUCCAAAACAAUGACAUACCUUCCCUUAGGUGGCAUGUUUCUUUGAAUUUCCCCUCCUCAGAUUUCAUGAAGACAUGGAAUGUAUUAACUACCGAAACGCUCAAGAAGUAUUCUAUGAGGCCUCUACCACUGAACUAUUGCUGGGCACAUGAGGGCGUUGUUAUAAUAUGCUUCACUUCAGGUACCACCGGAAGGCCAAAGGGAAUUACCUUGAGCCAUACUGCUUUGAUUAUACAAUCCCUAGCAAAAAUUGCCAUUGUUGGUUACAGUGAAAAUGAUGUUUAUUUGCACACUGCACCAUUGUGCCAUAUUGGUGGUCUUUCAUCAGCCAUGGCCAUGCUAAUGGUUGGAGGUAGCCAUGUCAUAAUACCUAAGUUUGAGCCUAAAUCAGCACUCAAAGCUGUAGAGAGAUACAGAGUGACUUCUCUAAUCACGGUCCCUACAAUCAUGGCUGAUAUAAUUUCUUUAAUCAGGCAGAAGGAAACUUGGAAAGGGAAGGAGACUGUGAACAAGAUAUUAAACGGAGGUGGGGGACUGUCAAUUGAACUUAUCAAGGAUGCCACCACAUUCUUCCCAAGAGCUAAGCUUUUCUCAGCUUAUGGGAUGACAGAGGCAUGCUCUUCGCUAACCUUUAUGACACUCUAUGACCCAACAAUGGAAACCUCCAGUCAGCACCUUCAGAAAGUUGCUAAUACAAGAUAUACUUCGGUUCACCAAUCACAAGGUGUUUGUGUUGGAAAGCCUGCACCCCAUGUAGAAUUAAAGAUAUGUGUAGAUGGCUCUUCUCAUGUUGGAAGAAUUUUAACUAGAGGUCCACAUGUAAUGCUCAGACAUUGGGGUCAAAUUCCAGAAAAGGCAUCUGACUCCAGCAAUGAAAGUUGGCUUGACACAGGUGAUGUUGGGUCCAUUGAUGAGUAUGGUAAUCUAUGGCUCAUUGGACGAGUAAAUGGUCAAAUUAAGAGCGGAGGGGAGAAUGUUUACCCCGAAGAGAUGGAAGCAAUCCUAUUACAACAUCCAGGAGUGAUUGGCAUUGUCAUUGUGGGAAUUCCGGAUGCUCGCCUGACAGAGAUGGUUAUUGCUUGUAUUCAGUUGAGAGAAAAUUGGUAUUGGUCUGAUAAAAGCUUUAAACACUCAUCUGAAAAUAAAGGGCUAGUUUUAUCCAGUGAAAUUCUUCGGCACUAUUGUAGAGAAAAGAAUCUAACUGGGUUCAAGAUACCAAAGACAUUUAUUUUAUGGAGAAAACCGUUUCCGGCCACAACGACCGGGAAAGUAAAAAGAGACCAAGUUCGAAGAGAAGUUAUGUCUCACCUGCAAUUCUUGCCUAGCAGUCUGUGACUAUCUCACUUGAUUGUUCAGAGUGCCAUAUCCAAAUGUUUAGGUGAGUAAUCUACCCAAAUUCUACUUGGUCACUAGCACACAUAUCUGAAAGGACUAGCUGCUGGUUUUGAACAGUGGAUGCUAUAAUUAGUUCAAUUUUCUCUUUUUAACUUUUCUAUAUUCAUGUUGUAGUUAGACUGGUCUAGCAACUCCAGAAGUCUUUUUGACGAUAAUGUGUAUUCUUUGUAAUAAUAAAUGACCAGAGAAUGGCAUA